AUGAAGCUGUUCUACCAAGCUUUGCAUCAUAAUCAGAACAGUGUGUCAUGGAGAGCUUUGAUGAAUGGUAACUUAGCUAGACCGAGGGCGAUUUUCCAACUGUGGAUUGCUUGUCACAGUAGAUUACCAACGAAAAGUAUACUGGUGAAAUGGGGCAUGAUUGAUCACAAUACGUGUAAUUUUUGUAAUGCUGAGGAAACUCAAAAACACUUAUUAUUUGAGUGUAAAGUUAUGAAUAAUGCUUGGAGGAAAGUGCUGCAAUGGAUUAAUGUGGACCAAGCUCCUCUUGAGUGGAAUCAGGAAAUGACUUGGCUGGUUGAUAAUUGCAAAGGUAAAAGUAAAAAAGCUGAUAUUCUCAAACUGGCUGCCACUGAAUCUAUAUAUGAGAUUUGGAAAAUAUAG